AUGAUCGCCUCCACAGAGCACCAAAAUGAAAUUGCCAAGUUGGUUCAGCAACACGGAGCAGUUCCUCCACCCUGGUUUAUAUUUCCAAAAGUCCAUCCGUACGACAUAUGCUGGCGUAUGGGUGCUGGCGAAUCUUAUAUUAUGAUCUAUACCACUUGGUGGGAGCAACAAAAAGAGCAGCUUGACGAAAAGCAGCGAAUUGAGUAUUUUCGCAGAUGGCCGCCUGCGCCCGAAUGGCUCAUUUGGAUGAUAGAAGCAAUCUGGGAUCUUAAUCCUAAGGACUUUGAGGAUGAUGAUGAUUACUCGCCUUACUUCAGACGCACCAAAGCGCUUGGUUUCGGAUCUGAGGAUGAUUAUAAGAAUGCUAUGCGUGAUGAGGCAGAGACGAUAGAAAGGAACGGGACGCCAUAA